AUGAAAAGUAAUGUGUUUGUUGGGAUCAAACCAGGUUCCAACAAUGUCAGCACUUCCCAAGAUGAUGAACUUUCAUUAACUACAGAAAACUAUGAUUAUAUAUUAUUGCCUAUAACCAAUGCUAGGUAUAGAGAUAUGGUAAGAAAAGAAUUCGAUGAAUAUCAAUGCAAUAAAUUAAAUAACGAGGAUGCUGUUCUAAUCAUUUCGGAACCACAAUUACAGGAUGUUGUAAUCCCACCUUUCCAUUUACAAAACCGUAAUGAUGAAUCUCCUUCUUACAUUGGUUUAUUAUCUUCAUGGUUGGAACUUGAUUCAACUGAUAUUUCAAUUAGAAAUUUUGGAACUAAGGUUCUAUUAAAUGAAUGUAAGUAUGCCAGGUUCGUGGGGAUCAAUAAGUUAAUCCUAGCACCUCCAAGAGAUUUAGAUAAUUUACAAUAUUACAGUCAAGUGAUCGCAAAUUUAUUAAAUAAUGAUCUCAUUUCUCAAUCACCACCAAUUUCAUUAUCAAUUUCACUACCACUAUUAGAAGAUAGUGACCCAUUGGCAACUUGGGAAUUAUGGAAUACAAUACGGAAAGCUUGUAACUAUCAUCCAUCUUUGACCGUUUCACUGGCGGUACCGCGAAUUAAAACACCUACUUUUGUUAUGAAUAGAUGGCAAAGUGAACCUGUUUCAUGUCUAUUACUGUCAUCUUCAAUAUUCUCUACUAACCAACACAAUUAUCCAGUUUUGCAUAAAUUUAAUCAAAACUUAAUCAGUAAAUUCCAAAGAGUUAAUGGCAAUUCACAAUCAUUUCCUGGUGAAUUAAUAGUAAUAUUGCAUGGUGUUGAAAAAAAUAGUGAAAUGAUUAAAGGUGGUGAAAGUUCUUAUUUAGAAUAUGUCAAUUAUAUUUUGAAGAAAGAGGAUUUAGCAAUAAUGGAAGAAAAUGAAGAAAACGAUAUUACAAUUGAAGAUAAUUAUUGGAUCCCAAGAGUAAUGCCUCCGUUAUUACCAAAUUCUGAAAAUUUAUCAAAUUUGGUUUAUUCAAACUUUGAAAGAGACACUGUUAAAUACGAAUUGUACCAAAGAGCUAUAGAAUUGGCAGUAAGAGAUCAAAUAGAUUAUAGACGCUCAUACAAUUUGGUCAUCCUUAUUGCAGGAGCAGGAAGGGGAGCAUUGGUUGAUAGAACUUUUGAAGUGGCUAAUUUCCUUAAUAUUUUAAAUAAUGUUAAAAUAAUUGCAUUAGAGAAAAAUCCACAAGCAUGUUUAUAUUUGCAAAAGAGAAAAUUCGAUAGUUGGGGUGAGAAAGUCGAAAUAAUUAGAGAUGAUAUGAAGAAGUGGGGUGACAGUAGUAUUAAAGUUGAUAUUUGUAUCAGUGAGUUAUUAGGAUCAUUCGGAUGUAAUGAAUUAUCACCAGAAUGUUUAUUUAAUAUUCAAAAAAAUCAUAGUAAACCUAGCACCAUUUUCAUUCCUGAAUCAUAUUCUUCUUACAUUGCACCAGUAUCUGUUCCACUAUUACGUCAGAAAUUAAAGAUUGAGAAUGGUGAUUAUGAGAAACCAUGGAUAUUGCACAACAUUCCAUAUUGUAUAUUGUCAUCUAAGAUCAAUGAGGCAUGGAAAUUUAGACAUCCUAAUGAAGAAAUGGCAUUAUUUAGCAAGAACAUCACUAGUGAAUUUAAGAUCAAGCAUAAAGGUGAAAUUGAUGGAUUAAUCGGAUUUUUCACAGCUAAAUUAUAUGGAGAUGUGACUUUAUCUACACUACCGGAUAAGAGCAUGAUAAGAUUAUUACCAGAAUCUGUAAAUAAUGAUGAUUUUGAAACUACUCAGAAUUUGCUAACAGGAACAAACAGUCGUCAUCAUGAUCAAACUUUUAAUAGUGUAGGAAUUUUUACAAAGAAAGGGCAUGGAACAAAGAAUCUGAAAUCUUGGUCUCCUAUAUUUUUCCCUUUGAAGAAUGCAUUAAGUGUUACUGACGAUAACGAAUUAUCAGUAUUUCUGAGUCGGAUGAGUUGUAAUGAGAUGAGUAAAGUUUGGUAUGAAUGGUCGAUGGAAAGUUUUGUCUAUUUUGUACUACCAUCAUCUGUGGCCGCUGAGACAUCUCUCUAUAAGAAUGAUACUACAACUAAUCCCAACAAUAAUACCACUACUACAACCACUCCCAACAAUAAUACUACGAGUAACACCAUCAGUAAUGGCAAAUCAAAUAGAGGGUUAAUGUCAACUAAUAAUUAUUCCAGUGCAAGUGGUGGAGGAGUUAGCAAAAGUAUUGAACAUGAAUCAGUUAGAAACAUCGAGACUAUUAAAUCUAGUAAUAAUAACAAUAAUAGUAAUAAUAAUAAUAAUAGUAGUAGUAGUGCUAACAAUAACACUAACUUUGAUAAUGCAGUACUUCGAGAAAAUGAAUUUGCUAUGGAUCAAGGAACAGCAUGGGAGAGUGUUAAAGAUAUCCAUGGAUUGACAAACACCGAGGAGAGAGCACCGUUAUUUAACCUCGAUGGACCUGAAGAUGUAGAUGUACCGCCGGAGAUACAUCUACGAGUGAAGACGGGAUCUAGUGCAUUGCAUAAUGUCGGAGGAUGCCAGUAUAGUAUUCCUCGAUAG